AUCUCCCUCACACACUCAUUCAUUUCCAGAGUCUGGUCGGCAACCAAGAAGCUUCAGGUGCUUCGCUUAAAAUACACACUAUUCUCUCUCGCACACUCAACAGUCCAAACCAUUUUUAUCUCAACCCUUUCUCAAGUUUAUUCAGUCUUUCCCAAAAAAACUGUUUCUCUUGGCCUUUGAUUUUCUGUGGACAACAGGAGUGUGUGUUCUGGUGGCAGUUCGUGCCCGGAAGCUCAAGUACUGUAUUUGCGAAUCCUUUUCGUCUUGGGAAUUUUCUUGUUGCGUAGAUUACAAGCAUAGUAAGGACUUCGACGGCAUCAAGGCUUUGAAUUCCAAAAUGAUUACGGUGAUGGAUUCUUUGAAAGAAUUGCCCAUGAGGAACUCAGACAAGUGCCUGGAUUCUCAGCUGUGGCACGCCUGCGCCGGUGGGAUGGUUCAAAUGCCACCGAUUAACUCAAAGGUCUUCUACUUCCCUCAGGGCCACAUCGAACAUGCCGUCGGUGGGGACGUAGACAUUGGGAAUUCUCGGAUUCCGUCGUUCAUUCUCUGCAGGGUCUCUGCUAUAAGAUACAUGGCAGACCCUGAGACGGAUGAGGUUUAUUCCAAAGUAAAGCUGAUACCUUUGAGAGACGAUAAAUGGGAUUUUGACGGUGAUGGUUUUGUAGGAAAUAGUGGGAUUGAGGGGCAAGAGAAACCGGUUUCUUUUGCUAAGACAUUGACACAAUCUGAUGCAAACAAUGGUGGCGGUUUCUCUGUGCCUCGUUAUUGCGCAGAGACAAUCUUUCCGCGGUUGGAUUAUAACGCGGAGCCUCCGGUCCAAACCAUUUUAGCCAAGGAUGUGCAUGGUGGGAUCUGGAAGUUUAGGCAUAUAUAUAGAGGGACCCCUCGGCGUCACCUUUUGACAACAGGGUGGAGUAAUUUUGUGAACCAGAAGAAGCUUGUUGCCGGGGACUCAAUCGUGUUCUUGAGGGCGGAGAAUGGGGAUCUUUGUGUUGGGAUAAGGAGGGCUAAGAGGGGAAUUGGUGGUGGAACUGACUACUUAUCUGGGUGGAACCAAGAGGCUGCAAAUUGUGGCUCUCAAUUUGGUAGGUUUUCUGGCUUUUUGAGGGAGGGUGAGAAUAAAUUGAUAAGAAGAAAUUGUGGUGGCGAAUUGAGGGGAAAAGUGAGGGGUGAAUCUGUUGGGGAAGCUGCAACUCUUGCUUCUAAUGGGCAGCCCUUUGAGGUUGUGUACUAUCCGCGUGCAAGUACACCGGAGUUUUUUGUUAAGGCCUCUUCUGUGAGAGCUGCUAUGCAAAUUCAGUGGUCCUCUGGGAUGAGGUUUAAAAUGCCUUUUGAAACUGAGGACUCCUCUAGGAUAAGCUGGUUCAUGGGAACCAUAUCUUCUGUUCAGGUUGCCGAUCCUGUCCGUUGGCCUGAUUCUCCAUGGCGUCUUUUACAGGUAGCAUGGGACGAGCCAGAUUUGCUCCAAAAUGUGAAGCGUGUUAGCCCAUGGUUGGUUGAAGUGGUAUCAAACAUACCAGUCAUCCAUCUCCCCUCAUUCUCACCACCAAGAAAAAAGUUGCGGCUCCCACAGCACCCAGAUUAUUCCUUAAUCAGCCAAUUUCAAAUGCCAUCUUUUUCCAGCAACCUCCUUAAUUCCAGCAGCCCCUUAUGUGUUCUUUCAGGCAAUAUUCCUGCAGGCAUACAGGGAGCCAGGCAUGCUCAACUUGGACUAUCUUCAGAAGAUUUCCACAACAACAAACUGCAGUCAAGUCUGUUUCCAAUUGGUUUUCAGCAGCUUGAUCGUGCUGUUCCACCUUCUAAAGUCCCUUGUGGCAACUUCAUGGACAGCACUGAAAAAAAAGAGGUAUCUUGCUUGCUGACAAUGGGAAAUUCCAACUAUAAUUUGAAGGGAAACAAUGAAGUAAAGAUGCCCCACAUCGUAUUGUUUGGUCAACUCAUCCCGACUGAGCAGCAGAUUUCUAAGACCUGUUCUAGUGAUACAAUUGGAAACAGUUCAUCAGAUGGGAGCCCUGAGAAGAAUGAAAACUUCUCUGAUGGCUCUGGUUCCGUGUUACAUCAGAAUGGUUCACUGGAAAAUUCUUCUGAUGGAGGAUCUCCCUGGUACAGAGAUUACCGAAAAAAUGGUAGUAUAGAGACAGGUCAUUGCAAGGUUUUCAUGGAAUCAGAGGAUGUCGGUCGGACCCUAGACCUGUCAGUCCUUGGGUCAUACGAGGAAUUGUAUGGAAAGCUGGCCAACAUGUUUGGCAUGGAGAGUUCACAGAUGCUGAGCAACAUGCUCUACCAAGAUGCAGUGGGUGUUAUUAAACACACUGGAGAUGAAACCUUUAGCGAAUUUGUGAAGACAGCAAAAAGGCUAACCAUUCUUUCAGAUUCCAGCAGUGACAACUUAGGAAGGUAGCAAACGAGCAGCGUCCGUUUAUUGUACAGUUGGUUUACGAAAUUUGUUGUUUCGAUUUUCACCUAACUACUUUUGUAUUGGAGAGUUGUUGGAGAAUCCCAGUUCAUCCAAUUUUGGAAUAUUGUAGCUCAUAUCUUGUUGCUUAAUUAAAGUUGUUUCUAAGAA